AUGCAGUGCAACCAAGGGCAGCCCUGCAGCAACUGCAAGCGCCGCUUCCCGGAACCAAUCUGCGACUACGGGCCCCGAAGGGGCGACGCCCCGGCCUUUGUCGCCGUCCUGGCGCCCCCGAUCGCGCGACAACAACACGACAGCGACAGCAGCAGCAGCAGCAGCAGCAGCAGCAGCAGCAGGACCACACGAGCCUUGAACUCGCCGGCGACGACGACGGCGACGGGCACGGUCGCCACGAGGUGGCAGGUCGAACGCCUCCCGGGGCCGAACCGCGGCGGCGGCGGUGGCGGCCACUGGGGGCCGGGCGUCGACCCCGUCACGGGCGAGCCGACAUACCACCCGAAGCCGGGCCACGGCGGCGCCGCGAGGUCCGCAGGGAAGACGGCAGCGGCGCGGGGUCAAAAGGCAAGCAGCAGCCGCGGCCUGGCGUUUGGGCUCGAUGGCAUCGUCUACCAGUGCCAGCUCUGCGGGCCCGUCCAGAGCAUCGGCCACCUGCCCAUAGCGCCAACAAAGGAGAACGCAAUGCUUAUAUGCACGUUCCCGGAGCUGCUGUACCGAUUCAAGGGCUCCUUCGACGGCGAGCCGGACCUCGACAACCCCUUCAUCACGACCUACGUGCCCUGGUGCAUCCAGUCGCCGCUGCUGGCGCGCACCAGCCUCUACAUCUCGGCGCGGUCCCUGGCCGAGCGCGGCUUCAUCGACCUGAGCUCGACGAUGCGGGCCAAGGGCGAGGCCAUCUCGGCCCUCAACGAGCACCUCCGGUCCGAGCAGCGCUGGAUCGGGGACGAGGUCAUGGCGGGCGUGGUGCAGUUCGUCUCCAUCGAGUGGUUCUUUGGCGAGCCCGAGGUGGUGCGGGCGCACCUCCUGGGCCUGCGCGAGAUGGUGCGCCUGCGCGGCGGCUUCCCGUCGCGCGGCGUGGGCGCCCUCGUGACAAAGGUGGCGCUCGUCGACGACCUCGCCAUCGCCUGGUGGCUCGAGGACGAGCCGACCAUGGGGAGGGGCCAGCCCGACGGCUUCGACCACGAGUACGUCGAGCCGCCGCGGGAGCACUUCAAGGUGCGCUACGGGUCGCCCCUGGCGCGGCUGGGCGGGUGCGGCGGCGGGGGCGCGCCGACGUUUGCGUCGUGCGAGGAGGCCCUGGGCCUGCACCCGGCCACGGCCUCCAUCCUCGACGACGUGCGGUUCCUGAUCGGCCUCGCGCUCGCACUGCCCGCGGACCCGACGCCGGACCAGGAGCGCAAGGUGAGGUCGACGGCGGCCUGGAUCUACGGCCGCAUCAGCAAGCUGAACAGCGAGUCGCCGGGCGGGCCCAUGUCGUCGACUGAAGAAGAUUCAGAUGCGCACGAAACGGAUGGGAACGACGUUGCCAUCGGUAGAGAUAGUGCAGGGGUCGAAAGCCCGGGCACGCGAAGCAAGGGGUCGACUUUGAGCCCCGAGGCGGCGUCCGGCGCCAGGCCGCACUCGCUCCUCCCGGACUAUCCUUCGUAUACGUCGUCGUCAAGAGUCACGACGCCCUCGGCUGACAUAGAGUUCGAGUCUCCGCCUGCUGCGGGCGACAGCGGCUCGAGGCCCACCAAGUCCCUAGUCGCGAGCCCUUACCCAGAGGAUCGGGCGCGCCCGCAGCAGCAGCAGCAGCAGCAGCGGGGGAUGGCGUCGGCGUCGGCCGCGCCUGGGCCUGGGCCUGGGGCCGACGGCGGGGGCGGUGGUCAAAGCGGGCGUGGGGGUGGGGAUUGGGAUGGGCAGAGGGAGGAGGAGGGGGGGCAGUCGUCGGCGACAGACUGCUGCAUCGGGCAGGAGCCGCCUGACCCGCUGUACACGGGGGUGCGACUCGCGGCUAUGCUGUACGCGCGCGCCCUGGCCGAGCGCAGGCCGUUUAGCGAGAUAUGCCUGCCGUCCGAGGCGCUGGCGCUGCUGAUGGCGACGUGGCGGAUCCCGCUGGGCCGCUGGCGCGGCAUCAUCGGCGUCUUCCUCUUCAUGCUCAUGGCUAUCAUGCCCACCGUCCGGGAGAUCCAGUACCCUGGGAGUAGAAGCAGGCUGGCGAGGGCCCGCGAGAAGGGAAAGCGGCGGCAGCAGCAGCAACAACAGCAGCAGCAGCAGCAGCAGCAGCAGCAGCAGCAUGGCAACAGAGACGACGCCACAGCGGCCGAGGGCGGCGGCAGCGGCAGUCAGAAUAAGGCAGACGGCGGCAUCGCUUGUACCGGCGCGCCGAGCUUGGACUGGGACGACCCCAACGAGGUUGUUUCCAUGGCGCACGUGAAGCCGCACUCGGGCUUCGUCAAGUCGAUUGUCCAGAUCGGCUUCAUGCAAAUGGCCAUCGAGGAUUGGGGAUUGUGUGCCGACACGCUGGGGCGCGGAUUGGCGCUACAGCGAUGGUUGCGUGGUGGGUGAUGGAUGGUGGUGGUGAUGGUGGUUGAUGAGCGCGCUUUCACUUUGGUUGGUUGUUGAUUCUUGGCGGUGCAAAUGUCGUCAUGGCUUCGUUUUUGAAGUGCUCGUGCA